GCUCACGUAAGUCAAUUUGUGUUAUUAUGCCAUUUUCCCACAAACUAAUUGACGCAUAUAUUCAUGGACUUCCAGUAAUGUCGUGUGUUGAUUUCGAUCAAAAGUUGGUUAACGUUAAGGCUGUCAUUUAUGCCUGAGCAUGAACUGACUUCGAAUAUGGAUCAUGCUAAACUUAGGAGCUAUCGACAUGCCGAUCCAUUAAAGGUGCGUCAAGUGUGGGAUGCUCUUAGUGUAGCCAAGUCCCAUAGACAAGCAGUGCCAGCCGAUAAAAUAAACAAAGUUCUGCGAAAAACAUUAAACCUAAAGGAUGAUCAGAUAAGGUUAUUACUGGAUGAAAUUGAAGGUGAUGAACUUAUUGAAAAGAUUAAGCCUCCGUAUGGGAAAAAUGGAAUGGUACGCUAUCAAGUUCCUGACUUCACAAAACAGUUUCCAAGAGGAAAGCAUGAUUGGUAUUGCUUCCAAUGUCAUAGGCCAGGGGAAGUGUUACGCUGUCUUGACUGUUUUCGUGUAUAUCAUGCGGAUUGUGUUCAAGAAGCUUCUAACCCCAACAGUCCUCCUAGAAAGUCAAUGCGUUCUCCAACUCUUCACGAUGGACAAGAAGAUAAUUUUACCUGCCCUGUUUGUGAGUCUAGACCAAAGUGUGAAUUUUCUCGUAAGCAGAUACGAAAACUCUUGGAGUUUGCUACCCAUCACCUAAGGAAACAGCCACUGUGGAAAACAUUCCUUCAAGUGGGUUAUAAAGGUGAAAUAACAAAAAAUGAAUACCUCGUGUAUAAGUACACAGAUCUAGAUUUAUUGCAACGCAAGAUAAAAGACGGACGGUACGCUGCCUUGGAAGAGUUUUCUAUGGAUGUACAGCUGCUUGUACAUGAUGUAUGCAUCCUUCAUGGUCCUUAUAGUAACCAGGCUGAUGAAAUCCGUUUUUUCUUCCGUUCUGUUAAUGUGGAACUGAAUGAAAUUCAACUAUGUACCGACUGUUACAUUAACGCAAAGGCUCGUGUUACAGACUGGAUUAGUAAACCCUGUAAACCGCCUCAUGAACUGAUAUGGGCACGCAACCGCACAUCAGCUGGUGCUGGGUUUUUGAACGAUAUCUCAGUUGCUCAGUUCUAUUGGCCAGCCAAAGUUUUGUUAGAGCGUGACGAUGGGUAUGAGAUACGCUUCUUUGGUGGCUCACAUGAACGAAUGUUUGUGAAGAAAGUUCAUACUCGCGCUUUCCACCUCCCUGCGGACGAAGUUGGUGUGCUUCGGCGUUCGAGUGCUACAGGUGGUGUCCCAGGUGGGGGAUUUGAACGAGCCUGGAAUGAAGUUAGCAAACUGCAAGCCAAUAUCGACAGUGGAUAUUAUACACAUUCUUCUGGUGAAAGUGACCUUCCCCCUUCUGAUGAUGAUUAUUCAGAUGAAAUGUACCUCGGUCCGCGACGCAAAACAUUUGGUCAAAACCAACGUUCACACCGUGCAGAUAGUCCUCGAUCGUCUUUAACUUCUGGCAAUACUAAAGGGAAUAAAAGAAGACGCCACACAUCUUCUAGCAGCCAACAUACAACUUCUAGUGCUACCCCUUCUGGUGGUUCACCUAUACAUGGUAACUCACGUGUUGGUAAGCACUUCAGAACUCAUGGUCUUUCUUUUAAUUCGCACACUGAUCAUACUGAUAAGCGAUCAGUUAUUAAUCGUCUUCCGAUGCCGGCUGUUCAACCUGGUACUCCUGGUGCUGCAGCAAUAUCAGCACUAGCAGAAACAAAAGCAGCAAUGGCUGCUGCAGUUGGGUCUGGACGUAAACCAUCUAGCUCAUUUACUGCUGAUCUUUUGUCAUUAACUCAUCGUGAGCAUGAUAAGCCCUAUCGAAAACAGUCAAAGGAAAACCAUUUAAAUGCUCCCGUACGAGGUCAACGUGGUCGGGGAAGACCGCCACUUCGAGAUGGCAAAGGAAGGCCCAUUCGAAGACGCAAGUAUCCAAGUUCAUCUUCAUCACCCCAUUCUUCAGACAAUCCAUCUUCAUCUAUUUCAUCAGGCUCUUUGUCGGAAGUAGAUGUUCCUCGCUCUAUAAAUGGUCCUCAAGACAACUGGCGAUCAAAUCAGUCUUCUGAAUGGAAAAUUGUGAAGGCCGAAAUGCCGCGUCGUGGGCGUCCACCAAAAUCUAGAGGUCGUGCAAAAGCCAUGAAUGAUGUUGGUCGUUCGAGUUGGUGCUCACCAACAGCUGCAAGUUCAGAUGCUGAAUGUAAUCCUGAUAUGUGGAUGAAGUCUGGCUCUUCGAAUACCACUAAACCUAGUCUAUCUCGAGGACGACCAAAGUUGUCUGCUUCUGUAAAUAAUAAUUCAUCUGACCAUAUUGAUGGUAUUAAUAAAAAACGAAUUCCCACCCCAAGCAAGAGUUCAGUUGAGGAGAGAAUUAAUUCUGGAAGUAAACGGUCCAAAAGACAUUCGAAACAACUGGAUGGUUUCAGUGGUGUUCGAGAUGAAGAUGACGAACUCACUGACCGUUGUGUUUCUCCUCUCGGAAAUGAUAACCGAAAUUUGAAACACUCCAAUAUCCGUCGGUGGCAUUCACAUCAUUCUUCAGUUAGUUAUAACAUGCCAGGUACACCUGUAUCACCAGCAAGAAAAACUGGGGUUAGUGAUUCUUUUCAAAAAACAUCACCAACCAAAAAAGCAACUGCUAAACAGCGUUCUUCUCAUUCCAGUAAUUAUAGCUCCUGUUCUUCACCCUCUUCCUCCGACAUGGAUGACAACGACGAAUGUGCACGUAGACAACGAAAUAUUGUCAAAGUUGAUGAUGAAGAUGAUGAUCGUAGAUUCCGUAGUCCAACUCGCAGUGGUUCAAGCAAUAAGGACAGGACUUCUGGAGCGAGUAGUACAAUGCUACGUCGACCACCAUUUGCUCCACCAUUGAAUACAUCUGGAUCUAAUAGUAAUACAAACGCUGUUAAUGAUCGGAAUAAUCCGUCUGCUGUCACAAACUUAUUCUCUCAUACUGGUCAAAAUCUUUUCUCUCCAUACAAUGAUUCAGUGGCUACCAUGAAUUCCUCAGUGAAUUCAGGAAUUUCAUCUGUCAACAGACCAAGUGGGUCAAUUCAUCCGGGUGGAGCUAAUUCUAAUCUUGCUUCGAAUUUUAUUUCUCCAGGUGCCUCAACCAACAGCUCGAGCAACGUUGUCACUACUCCGGGUAUGUCAACUCUUCCACGUUCUCAUUUACCGCCGAAUAAACGUGCUGCUGCUGCGGCUACAGCAGCAGCUUUGAACAAAGAUUCUGUUGGAGGAAUAAGUGAUAGUUCAGGUGAAACAAAUCAACGACAAGCUUCUGUCAAAAGCCCCGAGGUUUCUGCAGCAUCUCCGAAAAAGCAGCUUCAUAAGGGCAUUCAGACACCAGCCAGUAUGGAGAUACCAACAUCAUCUCAGCAACCGUGUACACAGUGUAAAGAGCGUGAAGCUGAACGCUUAGCAGCAGCUAAUGAUGCCAAAAGAGCCUUAAGAGAACUUGAAGAAAAGCUUACAGCUCAAUUCAAAGAAGAAAAAGCUGCUGCUUUACAUUCUGCCCUUGAACAAGCUCAAGCAAGUGCUCGUGAGGCUAUAGAGCAUGAACGUAAAUUGUCUCAUGAAACAUUGGAAGCAGCAGAAGCUAGAUUUGCGGAAGUUAUUGUACAAACUAAACGUAGACAGUGGUGCCGUAAUUGUCUUAUGGAGGCUAUUUAUCAUUGUUGUUGGAACACAUCCUAUUGCAGCACCCAAUGUCAACAGGAACAUUGGCAAAAAGAGCAUAAACGUCAAUGUCGUCGAAAACGAUGAUUUCUGUUCAGAUGUAUCAACAACGCAUCAUCUUUUUUGUACAUAAUUAUUGAUAGUCGUACCUAUUCAUCAUGUGUGUAUAUUUCCUCUACUCUCUACAAUGAAAUUCAAACUGUGUCGAUUGCGUCAUCUCUAAAAAAUUUUAUCCUACUUCUGUUUUGUUUGUUGUAAACACAACCUUGCGUAGUCAUUACACUUUUUAGUCAACCAAACGAAAGGCAUUUCAUUAAUUGUCCACUUGAUUUUCUUCCUUCCCUACGGUUUAUUUACUACGUAUUAUGUGUAUAGGCAGCUGUUUAUUUUCCUAUUACGCUCCCUUUUCAUGUUUUUAUAAAGGAAUCUGUUGAAACAUAAUUCAACUUUAAAAUGUACGUUCCACUACUAUUUCUGCUAGUUAUUAUUGUUGUUAUUAUGAUUAUUUAUGUAUCUGCAUACACAUGAUUUAUUUUCAGUGUAUCCAUCAGCUCAUUUUCUGUCUACACAUUGUGUAGUCCACUUGUAGCUGCUUUUUGUAUCAUAGCUAUUCUGAUUACUUCUCCUUCCUCUUCUUCCAUCGUUAUAUUUAUUCAAUUUUCAUGAUACUGUACAGAACUAUUAUUUAAAUUAAUUGCAUUAGCGCUUAUUUGCUAAAUGCUUAUCCAAGUGUUUUUCUCGUCAUACAGACGCAUAUAAUUACGCUAAAGAUAAUGUGUCAAGAUUUUUAAUGACUGUCAAGAUUCAAUUCGCCACAAUCUUAAAUGUUUAACUUUGUGGCGCUUCAUUCAGAUUGUAUCUGAAAUUGUUUGAAAAACUGCACUUUUUCAAAUUGUGGCAUAUAAACACAUGUGUAUUGUUCACCCGAUGAGCACUGGUUUGUUUCACCUGUCCACAUACACAUAUAAUAUAUUUCAUUGUGUUCGCAUUUUUUUUAUGUACGUGUUGUUAUUGUUGAAAUAAAGAGUUUAGUCGUUUGCAAUAUCGUCUAAUCGAUUAGGUGUUUUAAUUUGAUAACAACUCGAGUUUUUGGUUUUUCAGCAUGCCUGCCGUUGACGAAGUUAAAAGUAGUAAAGUGGGUUCUUCAGUAGAGAAAACGGAUUCUAACUUGCGGAAGCUACUGUUAGAGGAUACAUUUGAUGUUGCUCCUACUGGCCUUACAUUCUGUUUUGAUCGUGAAUUAUUUCUGAAUGUAAGCUUUUUUACACUUAAUUUUAUUGUAUAUCUAUCUGCGUUGUAUUAAAAAGUUAGUAAUUUUAAAGGUUUUAUUUCCACGCUACAUUGUGUUGCUUAGUGCCAUAGAAUGGCUUAAAUUUUAUCGAGACAUUUUCCAUACUAGUGACAUAUUAUCUGCACAAAAGAGCAUUACUGACUGUGAUAUAUGCAAUGUUUAAUUGAACACUUGCUUGUUUUAGCUUUCCGAAAUGCGAAGUGAUACUUUAUUACCGUUCACACAUACUUUUGUUUUUUAUCGAAGACACUGCGAUAUUACCAGAUAUUGUUAAUUUCAUUUGCCCAAAUAAAUGGAUGUCCUUCUCUAUAACGAAUGAGACGUUUGUUCUUCAAGGUUUAUGUCAGGGAAAUCACAACAUUAAAAAAAGUAAUGUACCGUAAGAAAUCUUGUGAUGGUGUCUGUGAUCUAAGUCUUACUGCUCAUUCGACAGCUGUAGAAUAUUUAUUUUUCACAUCUUCAUUUCAAAAAAAAUCAUUUCAUCAAAUUCCUGUCAGAAAUCAGGCACAUUCUGUCGCUUUCCACAAGUUGAUAUCCCCAGUAUUAGGGUUAUUUGCGUUAUGAAUAGUACUUGGAAUCUUAUCAAGAGGGUUAUCUUUUAUCAGUCUUAAACCGGUACCGCUCAGAUUUCAUAGCAAUGCACUAAAUUCAACAGCCUACACCUACUCUUGAAACGCAUUCAUGCAAAUAGAGUUGCUUUUUUGUUUCACACAGUCAUUUUCGUAUAAAGUAUCAUCGUUUCAUGUCAAGACUUUGUCAAGAAAAUUUCACGAACAUGUUUAUAAAGUUAACCGACGAAUUUUAUAAACUUCAUACGGUUCUUCCUGUAUGUAAGUCAAGUGGCAGCAACAUAAGACCUAAUACUGCAUAACGGUCCAAGUUGUCACACCUAACAUCAGGAUAUAAGGCAGCC